CGCGCCUGAAAACCACCACCACCUCCUGAAACGCGGCGCGAGCUUGAAAGUUUCCGCGAGUUUCAGCAGUGAUGAAAAAAUUCUGAAAAAACUCCAGCAUGUUGCUAUUCUGGCUGUGGCUGAGUCUCCCUCCGGCGGCCCCCAUGAUGGGCAUCCCGGCCAGCGGGCCGGCCCUCAAAGAGUGUCUCUGCGAGGAGGUCAAGUGCCGGUGCAGCGGCCCGGCCCUCAUGGACGUCCCCAACAACCUCCACAAGGAGCUCGUCAGUCUGGUGAUCGAGGACGCCGGGAUUGAAGUGCUGAAAAGCGACUCGCUUGGGCCCUACUCAAGCACACUGCGAGAUCUUACUUUGUUCAACGUGGAAAACUUCUACUAUUUUGAAACGGGCGUUUUUCAGCACUUGAGGCAAUUGCAGACAAUAUACAUCCAUCACGCUCCCAAACUCCUGAAAAUCCAACCUGAGGUUUUCAGCGCCUAUCUCCCCAACCUCAAGUUCUUGAGGAUCGUCAACACCGGAUUGGAGGAAAUGCCGAAUUUCAACGGUUUGAACACUUCCUCGGUGUUGCACAUGAUAGAUUUGGAGCACAACCACAUCCAGAGGAUCAACACUCGCCAAGUCAGCAGAGUCAAGGCCGAGCAACUGAUGCUCAACCACAACGAUUUACAAGUCGUCGAAGAGGCGGCGUUUGCGGGCUCCCAAAUCGCCAAUUUAAGCCUGAGCGGAAACUCUCGACUCAAAGACCUCCACGUGAAGGCUUUCCACGGAUUAGAGAGCUUGCGAUACAUCGACCUCUCGGGGACUGCCAUACGCGCUUUGCCCGUGGAUGGCCUUCGGGAAAUCGACGUCCUCAAAGUCCAAUCCACAAAGUCGCUCAAAGUAUUUCCUUCAGUUUACAACUUCAAGUAUAUAAGAGAAGCAUGGUUGACCUACCCGUACCAUUGUUGCGCUUUCAAAUUCCCCCACACCCACAACCCCUGGGAGUACGAAAGACACAAUCGGUUUGUGAAGCAGCAACGGCUGGCGUGCACCGCCAAAAACGCCGAUCCCAGUUUGAGGGCCCUGUUUAGGGCUGUGCCCCCCAAUGCGAGUGAUUUUGAGGAGCAAUGGAACGGCGAUGAGAUUUUCCAUAAUAGCACGAUGAAUCUGAAUAAUGGAUCGCCGGUUACUACCGCCGUUUGUGGGGAGAUAUACCGGAAUUAUCACGAGGUCAAGUGUGAUCCGGCCCCGGACGCCUUCAACCCGUGCGAAGACCUGAUGGGAAAUUGGGCUUUGAGGAUUCCGGUAUGGUUCAUAUCGUUAUCGGCAGUGAUAGGAAAUCUGUUCGUAGUAAUAGUCAUCUCGACGUCUCAUUUUCGUCUGACAGUUUCGAAAUUUCUCAUGUGCAAUUUAGCCGUUGCUGAUUUAUGCAUCGGAAUCCAUCUGCUGCUCAUCGCCGUGGUGGACGCCUGCUCCAUAAGGGCCUAUUUCAAUUACGCCAUCGAUUGGCAAGAAGGCAACGGGUGUCGCGUCGCCGGCACUCUCACCAUCUUCGGCAACGUCCUCUCCGUCUACACCCUCGCCGUGAUAACAACCGAACGUUGGUACACCAUCACCUGGGCCAUCCAUCUCAACAAACGUUUAAAACUGCGCACGGCAGUUCGCGUGAUGAUCGCCGGCUGGAUUUGCGCCCUCUUCAUGGCCUGUCUCCCCCUUCUGGGGGUGAGCAGCUACUCCAAAACGAGCAUAUGUCUCCCCUUGGAGAACAAGGGCAAAGCCGACACGAUCUAUCUCUCCACUUUGCUCGCUUUUAAUGCGGUCGCUUUCGCCCUCAUCUGCGUCUGCUACGGAAGCAUGUACAAGUCGAUCCGAGAGGGGGGACAUACCGGAUCGACGACUUCCGUCCGGUCGGACCUCACCGUCGCCAAAAGGAUGGCUUUGCUGGUGUUUACGGAUUUCGCCUGUUGGGCCCCCAUCGCCUUCUUCGCUCUCACUGCACUCCUAGGCCACCCUUUGAUCACCGUCACCCAGACCAAGAUCCUCCUCGUGUUCUUCUACCCGCUCAACUCGUGCGCCAACCCCUGCCUCUACGCCCUCCUCACGCAGCAAUACCGGCGCGACUUUUUCAUCCUGAUGGGCCGCUACGGCCUGUGCAAGGACCGGGCCGAGAGACACAAGGGGGCUAUCGGGGGGAAACCCCUCCCGUACGGCUCCGGGCCGCAGUAUAAGCGGACUAGCGGCGAAGGAGCCGGAAAAAUUAACAGUGCGGGAGGUAACAACCAUCGAGGGUCUCUUCUGACCACUAUCGUUUCAGUAGAAGUGCCCAUGGUGAGGACUAGUUCCAGGAAUAGUGCGCGUUCGCGCCCGGAUUCGCUCACCGCCGUUCCGGAGUAUUCCCUCCAACAGAUUAAUCUCGGAAUUGGCGACGAUUGUCGCAAGUUGACUUCGACCGAUAACUUGUAACUGUUUUAAUUUAUUCCGUUGUAAAUAUUUAUUAAGUUGGUAAUAAAACGA